AUGUUCAUUAAAAGGGCAAAACCACGCCCCUCCCUCAGAGCACGCGAGUCAGACGCCCCUGACUCCCCCGCCACGUCCUCUCCACUGGCCAAGUCCUCCAUCACCGCCGGCGACGCCCAGGAUCCCGACAAUUCCGCAGACAUCGACCUCGAAGAGGGCAGUGGCAGUCUCCUCGGGCGGAAGAAAGCGGGCAGGAAGGACAAAACAAAAGACCGGCUGAAAAAGGGUGGUAGGCUGAGCUUUGGUGGGGAAGGCGAAGAUGAAGAAGAGGCUUUCAAGCCAAAGAAGUCACUGUUAUCACAGCAGAUCAAACUUCCACCCACACCGGGGGGCGAUAGCUACGCAGCACCUGCACCGUCAGCGAGCGGCAGCUCUUACUCUCAAGAGUAUCUCUCUCAGCUGAAAGCUGCUACACCGACACGCGCUCCCCGGAGUGCUACCGACUCUGCUGGGGACGACGAAGAUAUCGAUGCUUCUGGUCUUAGUCGGCUAGCCCGUCAGAAAUACGGCUCUAGCAUCGCUCAGGAUACCACCGCUGGUAUACCUGAUGCUGCUACCAUCGCCGCCGCAAAGAUGAAGAGGCAAGCUGGGCUCGGCCAGAGCUCGUCGAAUGGAGACGGCGGCGAGGAUUACAUCUCUUUGUCGGAAGGCGGUGGUGGUGGUAGGAUCGCAAUUUACGAUGGACAACAGGGUCCCCAUCCGGAAAGCCGAUUGAUGCGGGAAGAAGACGAGACUGGUGAUGGCGAUGAAGAUAUGGCAGAAUUUACCGAGGCAAAAGACCGAUUGUACUUGGGCAAAGACGCAAAGAAGGCUGCUGCGAGGCGGCUGCGAGGCGAAAUAGGUGACCUUAUCGCGGACAGAGAGGCCGACAUUGAAGAUGAUGAAGAAGCAUUGGAAUGGGAGAAGGCUCAGGUCCAACGGUCGGGGAUGUAUGAAGAUGAGAGAUCAGAGAAGACCCUCCGAAAAGGUUACACUCCCGCCCCUAUCCCUGUUGCCCGACCGCCCCCUACAAUACUAUCAGCUUCCUCUCGCCUCACAAAGGCUAUGGGCGACAUCCAAAUAUCAAAGACUGAGAGUGACCGCAAUCUUGAUAUUGUUAUCCAGGAACUUGCCGAGCUGGAAGGACAAGAGAAAGAUCUGAGAGUCGCAGUUGAAAAGGCAGAGGACAAGAAGGAGUGGAUGGAAGAAUUUAGAGGCUGGGUGGAAAUGCUUGGUGGUUUCUUGGAGGAGAAGUUCCCAAAACUCGAAUCCAUCGAGAACGAUGCUGCCCAUCACAUCAAAGAACGCUCCGAUAUCGUCCGCAAACGUCACGAGGAAGAUGAUGGCGACGACCUCUCGCUCUUCUUGGGUGUCCCCCGGCCUGCUGCUGGAGAAGAAGAAGUGGAUCAACUUGGUCGCGUCAAGGAUAUCAACCGUGAAGCUGGACCAAGCUCUGGUGUUAGGCGCGGAAGAAGAGAGGAGAGAGGUGCUCGUCGACUACGACGUCAGCGCCAAAAUCGCGGACCCGCCAGUGUCGACGAUGACGGUUUCUCAACCGACUCUACCCUGGCGGACGCGGAUAUCCAGGACUAUACCGCUGCCCAAAACAAGCUUGAUCACCGUGUUCACGCUUUGAUGCACGAUGUCAAGGCGGAAGAUUUCAAAGACCCGAAUAAGGGGUUGGCGGUCAAGUUUGGUGGCUGGAGACAGCGCGAUGAGGAAGAGUACUCGAGCGCGUUUGGUGGUCUGGCUUUGGUACAAGCCUGGGAGUUUUGGGCUAGAGCAGAAAUGGUCGGAUGGGAGCCUCUAAGGGGAUCAGCAUCAAUAGAGUCCUUCGGGUGGUUCGGAUCGCUAUACCGCUACUGCCAUCCGCCAGUGCAGCAUGCCGACGAGGACGACGACAUGGACGAUGCCCCUCUCAGCUGCGAUGGUGAUCUCGUUGCGUCUAUGGUCUCAUCUGCUGUCGUCCCUCUUCUCACAAAGACCUUCGAGGCAGGAGCAUACGACCCGUACUCUGCUCCACAAACAAGAAGAGCGGUAGAUCUAGCAGAUGUGGUGGCUGAGCUGACUGGCAAGGAUAGCCGAAAGUUCACUGCUCUGCUCAAGGCUGUUCUGACAGUCUUCCACGAGCAUCUGAUAUCCCUCUCCACAAGUAUUGCGCAAGCCACCUCCUUCGAUGCCAUACAACCUCCUGCAUUCGAUCCAGCGACCAGAACAGCGAUGGUGAGAUACGUCCGCCGCAGGAUAAAGCUGCUCAAAAAUAUUUUGCUUUGGAAGAGAGAGGCGCCGCAGGAGGUGAGGGAGCUUGUUGUGAGGCUUGUGGGUGAAGUUUUGAGGCCUAUCCUGUCUCGGCAUUGGGACGGGGGCGGAAAGGAGAUGGGAUUGAAAGUAUUGUCAAUCGCAGAAGCUUCACUACCGCCGGAUCUUGUGCAGUUCUUGCAGCAGGGCCCGAAUGUCCGGUGGCAAUGA